GUUUACCUUAUAUAUUGCGGAAGAUUAAAAUGCCAGUCCGGAAGGAUUGUAGCCGUGCACUCCAUAUCCUAACGAAGUACAAACAUCAACUAGAUGAAAACAGUGACAAGUCUUUCCGAAAUGCCAUUGAUAAAUUAAUUAAUACGUUAGAAAGUCAAUUAUUUUCAUCAUUAAUGGGUAUUAUUUAUCUAUUUUACGAUGGUUUUUAGAUGUUCUAGAAGUUUACGAAAUCAAUUUGACAGGAAACAAUAUAGAAUUUACCAGUGAACAGACAACGGAUUCUAGUACUGUUCAUCACAGUGGGUCAAAUUUUUCUCCUGAUAACCAAUCAUUAUUAAAGCCUAUGAGCCCUGAUCAAGUUUCAGUGAAAGGGGAAUGGGAAUAUCUGGAUAUCAUACUAAAGCGUGAUUCAACUGCAGUAGGUGGAUUUGGUUUUAGUAUUGCCGGAGGACUUGAUAAUCCUAUUACUGGUGUGGAUCAUGGAAUUUACGUCACAAGAAUAGCGCCUAAUGGAUGUGCAGAUAGAGAUGGUAAACUGAGGGUUGAUGAUCAAAUCCUAAGUGUCAAUGAUAUCAGUUUAGAGCAUGUUACAAAUAUGGAAGCAGUGAAGACAUUAAGACAAGCUGGUAAUCAACUACACUUAGUUGUGAGGCGAUUUGUUGGGAAUACCGGAAUAACAUCACCGGAUCGAAUGGUCGGACAACAUACUCCAUCCUAUCGUUCACCAGAAGUUUUGUCUGAUGCAGAAGACAGUGGUUCAACUCCAAUAUGGUAUGAAGUUCAACUCCGUAAACCACGUCCGAAUUGUGGACUAGGUUUCAGUAUUGCUGGUGGUCAAGAUGUUGAAAAUGAGAACUUCCCUUCAACUGGGAUAUUUAUUACACGCAUCAGUCCGGGUGGAUUAGCUGAUUUAGAUGGUCGUAUCAUGCCUGGUGAUCAGUUAAUGCAAGUGAAUGAAAUCGAUCUAAGUCGUGCUACUCAUGAAGAAGCUGUUCGAAUACUUCGUAAUGCAGGUGAUAUUGUGAAUUUAGUGUUAACACGUCAACAAGUAGAGAGUUUUGCUGACGAACGUGGUUCGUUCGAGCGGUCAGUAAACAAUGAAUCAACGCGUAAAUAUCAAAUAAGCAGUAAUCGAAAACUUUAUCAGUGAAUCAUUAAUGAAAUCCGUAAACAUUUUAUUUCGUAUAGUAUUUAUUACGUAAUCAUUUCUUUCUGCGCUAACACAGACUGUAAAUAGUUUUACCUAUAUGUGUAUGAAACAUUUUAUAUGCUAUUAUCAUUACAAAUAGAUUACCGCUUUUGUAAAUAAAAUAAAUGUGAAUUUUUUUCAACUAUAUACAAUUGUUCCUACCUUAA